ACGCCAUGACGUAAUGCGGUCAGUGUGUUUGAGGAAGCGGGAGAAACUGCAUCAGACGAACAAACGAGACUUUAUUAAUCUUAGAGUUUUAUCGGCGUUGGUUUAAUGUUAGUACAGUUAAAUGUUUUACAACAUUUUACAACGUCUCUAACCGAAAAGUGAAAGAAUAAACCCCUGGUUGCACAGGAGGAUGCAGAUCAGCGGUUAUCUGUUCGCUCUUUUGGUCUGGUGUGGAUUAACCUCUUCGGCGCCGACUGGAAAUGAAACGGGAUCUGGCGGCGAUAAGCCCCCGCUUCUUCUGGUGUCAUUUGAUGGCUUUCGAGCGGACUACCUUAAAAAAUACACAUUACCUAAUCUUGAGAAGUUCUUCUCCUGCGGUGUGCUUGUGAAGGAACUGACCAAUGUUUUUAUUACCAAAACCUUUCCCAAUCAUUACAGUCUGGUCACGGGUCUGUACGCAGAGAGUCACGGAAUUCUUGCCAGCAUGAUGUACGACCCGGUGUCGAACAUGAAUUUCUCUAUUCAAAACAGCUCCGAUCCUUUCUGGUGGAAUAAAGCCAAACCGAUCUGGGUGUCCGUGGAGGAAUCUGGGUACAGAGCGGCAUCUGCUAUGUGGCCGGGAACAAACGUAAAAAUUCAAAAUCACACGUUAGAAUACAAAUUCGACUACGACCCAAAAGUGAGCUUCAGAGAGAGGCUGGGAAACUUGACGGGGUGGAUAACGAAGAACAAAUCCGUCAAGUUUGCCUCUCUGUACUGGGAGGAACCGGAUCGCAGUGGCCACCAGUACGGACCGGAGGACAGCACAGAGAUGGCCCGGGUUCUGCAGGAGGUGGAUAAUCUCGUAGGUGUGUUGAUGGACCAUCUCAACGAAACUGGAUUAUGGGGGAAAAUAAACAUUAUCAUUACUAGUGAUCAUGGUAUGACUCAAUGUUCUGAAGAUCGACUUAUUAAACUGGAUAAUUGUGUCAGUCCGGACAGCUAUCGUGUGGUGGAUCUCACUCCUGUAGGUGCCAUUAUUCCACUGACAGAUAACUUGACUGUAUAUAAAAAUCUCUCCAGCUGUCACAAUCACAUGAAGGUUUAUUUAAAGGACGAUCUUCCUGAUAGACUCCAUUAUAAAAACAAUGUAAGGACGCAGCCAAUCAUUUUGAUGGCGGAUGAAGGCUGGACGAUUGUCAAAAAUGGCCGACUUCCACGAUUGGGCGAUCAUGGUUAUGAUAACACCCUUCCCAGCAUGCACCCCUUCCUGGCUGCCCAAGGCCCUGCCUUUCGCAAGGGCUACAAGAUGUCAAGUUUUAACAGUGUGGAUUUGUAUCCUCUCAUGUGCCACCUCGUGGGCGUCCUUCCGGAGCCCAACAACGGCAGCUUUGCACAUGUGCGCUGUAUGUUAGUCAAUGAGCAAUGCAAUGAGCUGGCGUUAGCAGUGGGUGCUGUGAUCGGGGUCUUAAUCAUCCUGACCACCUUUACCUGUCUGUUCAGACUGAUGAAGAACAGAGACGUUUCCUCUCCGCGUCCAUUUGCACGCUUGGAAUUAGAGGAUGAUGAUGACGACGAACCUCUACUGCAAUGAUGGACAACAUGCGUGUUAAGAGAGACAGGUACUCUUUUAGGACGAAUGGGAUUUCAAUUGAUUUAUGCGCAUGCAAAAUGUAAAAAGAAAAACGUUUUGUCAUUUACUUCGGCUUUUGGUCAUUCUGUGGCCAUAAAAUGAAAUGUUAGAUGAGGUUCAGACUGCUCCUCUUCAUUCAUUAUUUGAACGCUUUAUUGACUGCAUGUGUUCAGAUAAAGUCAAACUGGUUUGAAGCGACAUGACAGCAAAUAAUGACAAAACUUUUUUAGGUGAACUUUCAAUGCCACAAAUGGUGCAAGAAUGACAAUCAUAUUGAAAGUUUAAAGAAAAAAUUCAGCACAGUUACAGAGCCAGAAAAACAAAUAUAUGGCACAAAAAUGGUUGGUCAUUAUUAGCACUGAAAAACAAAGCCAGCUGCUCUCAUUUUAAGCCAUGAUAAGUAAAAUAUCCUUAUGAGGUCAAUAUCUUCAAUAUACCCUAGCAUCAGCUAUUCAAUUGUUUUAAACUUUUUAAGCUUUACGUUUUAGUGCUAAUGUUUUAACACAAAUAUAAAUGUUGCCAAUAAUUAAGAAACUGUCUAAAACUAUUGUUUAACAAUAGCAUGUAGCCGCUAACACGGAUUAAAAUAAAAACGCAUUGCGCAACUUAAAAUAUUAUUAUAAGCAUAUUUCUAAAAAGUGUUGCUUUGCAUUUUGUAACUAUGCAUAAUAUGUUACUGACUUGAUCACGCUUUAACAUUUCAUAAGAUGUAAAGGAGAAGAACACGAGCAAUAAUAAUAAUAAUAGCUUUACUGUACUUGAAAACAGACUUUACCUGUAAUGACUAUGAAUUUUUAUUUAGUAAAUGACUCCAUACUGUAUAUCUGUUGUCACUACAGAAAAUGCACAAGAGACUUCAUUUAAAAAGUUAUUUUUGUUAUUUUAUUUUUGUUAAAGAAGCAUUGUCUUUACAGUAGAGACAGAUAUGUUGUUUUGUCUGUACAGGAAUAAGUCUCACAUUUCUUUUUAUAACCCUAAAGAUGUGUGUGUUUUUUUGCAUUUAUAUUAUAGAAUUAUGCAUGAUGUAAGAAGGUUGAAUGUUUAACUGCACUGCACAUAAUGUAAAGUUAGUUUUGCUUUUGUUGCUUAUUGCACUAUAAGGGUUCAGAAAUCUUUAAGGGAGAAGGUAACCUUACGCUUCUGAUGGUGUUUUGUUAUGCGUGAUAAUGAAUAUGUAUAUUUAAGGAAAUUAUAUUUUUCUAUUUAAUUAAUGAUAGGUGUGCUUUUCACAUUUUUGUUGCUGGUUAUAGUGGGAAAUUAUGUCCCUUUUUACUUUGUGUUUUAUUAUAUAUGUCAUGCAUUGAAUGUUGAAUGUGACUUCACAAAGAAGUUUUAGGACUCCUGCACUGAACUUUGGCUCAGGUUUUAAUGACCAAAAACCUGUUAUUGAGUUACUGAAAUAAAUGAAUUUAUCAUUGCUUA